AUGGCUCGUCGACUUUCCAGUGUUUUUCUUCUUUCUCGGAGCCAUUUGUCCAACGCCCUCAGGUAAACUUUUUAUUUGGUCUUCAAAAAAAUAAAUGGUGAAAUAUUUAAUGCUACAACGUAGCUGGCAGGAUGAUAACUUUGAACCCAAUUUGGCACCUAUACAGGCAUAAAUAUACUUCACUGACUCCGUUCUUCCAUUUAAUGUCGUUUCUCUACUCGUAAUUUUUUGAAUUAUGUUUAUUCGAAGUAUGCCGAAAUCAUUUUAAAAAAAGUAGGAAUAAAGAAUAUUUUUUCUUCCUGACUUUUUCUAUUUUUUCCAAUAGCUUGAUAUAGAUGAUAAAAAGGGCUCGUAAAUUAAAGCUCAUCUAGGUCAUGACUAAUUCAAUACAAAAAGCAUCGAAGUGAAACGAUUUCUAGAAACUGAAAUAAAAGUGAAAGAGUGCGCGUCGGGCAACUUUCGCCAGAUUGCCUCAGUUGCUUCGUAGAAGUGACCUUUGAGUGUUUGGAUGGUCCGCUGAUCUUUGCUGACGCUCUUUCCUCGAAUUGGGAAACGUCUCAGGACGAGAAGAUUGUUUAUUUCGUGGUUUUGUACUGGAUUCACUGCGUGGUAUCUGGGUCAGAUUCGGUUGUUUUGCCCUGCUUGCACAGUCAUGCCGCUUCUAGGCUGGAUACCGAGGAACCUGACUUGGCGCGUGACCUCACCGCUAACCUCUCGGUUUUUAGGACACCGUGCCAGAAGAUCCUUCCAGUAUCUCUAGGGCUUUUAUUAACUCGUCUGGACUGAGCUUGGUGGCGCAGAACAGGCCAUCGGUCUGAGAGAUUUCAGACAAAAAAUAAUGAUUUCAUUAUUCUUUUUUUGCAAAACUCCGUAUUGGAUUUUCAGUUGAUUUUCAAAAAAAAGAAGAAGCUAGACAGAAGCUCAAAAGAUCAGAUGCAACAAACCGAUAAUUCUCUUGGAGCUUCUGAGAUUCAGCUUGAGCAAUAACCGAUCGUCCAUAAAGUAAAACGCGUUUUUCUUUAUCGGAAAACUUUUUCGUGCGACUGACGGCUUCCUUCUGGAAGCUUCUCGCACGUGAGCUUCACGUCAUGCGAUUAGGCGAUCAGCUUCUGACCACUCGCUAGGCGAAAAACAAGCCCAAGAGACCAUUCGGUGACCUAUUGAUGCGGUCGUCUUAUCACUACAAGGAUAACGAUGUUGCUAGCAGACGAAUUGAUUGAUUUACUGACCGACACCCUGAUUUGUAGGUUUUGUCGCGGUUCGUAAAUUGCCGACGGGGAUGUCGUCGCAAAAUUUAUGAGAAACAGGUGAUUUGUGUGAUUAUAAUGAAAGGACUGCUGGAGAGCGAGACACCACUGCAAUGUGUAUCCUCGCGCUUUAGAUUUGAGAAUAAAAAACUGUUAAACUCAAUUCAGCAGUAACUUCUGUCGAAACCUUUAGUUCGGGUUCAUUCCUACGAUGCUACGUCGAUGACUCAAAUCUUCAGAACCGCGGAAAAUACUUAUAUGAGUGUUCACCUUCUGGCUCAGACUUGUUGAACGAGCAUUGAGACCUGUUUCAUUCAUGUGUUCUCUGGGAAUCCGAAUUUUGCAGAGCCAUGAUAAAAAAAGUUGACAAAAAGAUCUAAACUAUGCUGAACUUUUCUACUUUUCACACUUCUCAACACCGUCGUAUUUAUGUUAUCCCCUCAAAAGAAAGACUUUGGAAUCUCUCAGGAAGAUGACGUCUAAUGCUUCCGACUCAGCUGGGCCUCAAAAAGUCGUCGUGAAUGAUGAUUUUCAAAAAGUAGAAGGCUUCGACAAAAUCGCUUCCGAGUUCUUCAAGUUCUCUCAACCAUCGACAGACGUUUUCCAGUAAGACAUGGUUACACAACGGCAAAUUGUGGCUCUAGAAUCCACUUGGAAAAAAAAAAUUAAUUUCAAGAUUCUUUGAAGGCCAGCGACGCUCAAAAACGUGCGGCAAGGGCACUCUACAGCGGCCUAUGGCGGCCUGAUUUUCGCCCAGGUUGCUGAUCAGUUUCUUAGCAUAUAGCAAUACGAGGAUAGUGACAAAUAUCGUUCUUGAUAUUUUUAUUCUUUUGAAAGGGUAGAAAAGCACAUGAACAGCACGAGAAAGAAGUAUAAUCAUCUGUUGCAAAACAAAGAUAUAUCAGUUUCUUUGCCCUUUCUUAUGCGACUACGGGAGGGUUGCAGGCACUCGCCGCAGCCGAACAAACCGUCGACGCAAAGUUCCGACCCCACUCAGUACACUCGUACUUCAUUUUAAACGGUUUGGAUCUCUGUCAUUUUCUCUGUCACGACGUUCUAGUCGGGUGGUCUGAGAAAUUUGUACCGAAUAGUUGUUUUGCCGACGAGAGAGACAAAAAUUGCAGUGGACACAGCGGAACCCAUCGAGUACAGAGUUCGGCGAGUCCGCGACGGCAAGUCGUUCUGCACUCGAACGGUUGGCGGUCACUACUCCCGUUCUGAACUUUUUUGCAGGUCGAUGCCGUGCAGAAGGACAAAACCGCCUUCAUCUUACAAACUUCCUUUCAAGUCGUGAGUUGAACUCUAUUUUUUCAAAACCAAAAAAAUUUAAUUCCUUUUAAAGGAAGAGCCUGACUCAAUAUCGCACCAAUCAACAAUGCCCGAGGUACCGCAGCCUCACUCACUGAUGAGCAUGCGUCAAGCCAUUCCAUUUGUCAAAGAAAUGGUUAAUAAAGGUUUUUAGGUCUUAUUUUAUUCGGGCUCAUUUCAUUUUGAGAGCUACUCAAGAAAUCAUCAUAUUUACUCUUUACAAACCAGCGUGAGCCAAACCUAAUUUUGGGGUUAAAAACAUAUAUUUAGACUAUCUAGAAAACGUUUUUUGACUGAAAAGAUCACGUAACUUCAAAGAUACUUACGAGUAAAAACAAAUCCAAAAAUAGAAAAAAAUCUUCCAACGCUUCUAACUUUUUUUGGCAAUUGAAAUGCAGAGGGCACUACAAGGAAAGUAACGGAAGAUCUAAAGGACGGCGUUUUCAGGAGACUACACUCCUUCGAAAAGUAUUCUCUACCGUUUGAAUCAGUACGACUCCAAAAUCUACAGCUCAGACUCGGAUUUGUUUGAGGUCUAUUAAUUGCUUUUUUUACUUCUGAGUGCUUAAUAAGCUUUUGGUUCUCCACUUUUCCGAUCUGUAAGCAAUUUUAGUUUUACUAAAAAGAACUUCCUUAUCCUAUUUUUUUUUCAAAAAUACACGUUUCAAGAGAAAAAAAAACCUGCCUUUUUUCAACCGUAUCUUAAUUAAAGCACGCAUUUGUUUUUGAAACUGAUCGUGGCGGUUCCUAUUUGCGUUAUUUGAAAAUCCAUGUUUGACAUGUGAGUGCUCUGCCAGAAGAUAAUGAAUGAUUUUUUGAAAAAUUUAAAAACGCAUGUUUCUUUCUUUUUUCAAUAAAAUCUAUUAGCAGAUGCGGUCGACCAACCUCGGCAACUAUUACGGUUUCGAGAGCGACAAAAAGCCGGCGCUGUUUUUCUGGAUGCGAGCACGCGGAGACCUGCCGGAAGACGCACGUCUUCACAGGUAGCGCUAUUAAAACGCGUUUAAGUUUUUAUUUCUUUCUGAACAGGUGGUUAGUUUCCUACAACACUGACUCUAUUCUCGCGGCAACCGCCUUGAGCCCACACUACGCAGCGUAGGUCGCGAUGCUAUAGCUAAAACAAAGCUGAUUUAGCAAUAACUUCCAACCUUCGAUGGUUUUCUCGCUGGAUCACACCGUAUGGUUUCACCGAACCAACUUUCGAGCCGACGACUGGCUCCUUUUCGAGACCCGAUCUCACUACGCAGGUACAACUCAGCCACUUGUCGUCUCAUAAUGACUUUCAGGAGGCGGUCGAAGUCUGAUCGACGGAAGAUUGUGGCAUCCAGAUGGCUCCUUGGUCGUGAGUUGUCACCAAGAAGUCCUCGUCCGGACGCGCGACAAAAAAUCGCAAAUUUGA